AUGUUGAUGCACCGUAGCAUAGUUAGGGUCAGUGGUUGUACCUCGGUUCGGUGGCGAAGUGUUCACACUCAUCCGCAACCGAACAGUGCAGAGAAUGUGAUCGAUCCGGAAUGGGCCAAUGCAAAACCGUACAAAUGCAUUCCGGGGCCUAGUAUGUGGCAGCUGUUUACCGGUUUUUCAAAGGGUGGACGCUACGCUGAACUAGACUUGAUCGAGCUGCAUUAUCGUUUGCGUGAAGAAUUUGGCGAUCUCUACCGUAUACCCGGAAUGAUGGGUCGACCCGAUGUCAUUAUGAGCUUCUCGCCGGAAGACUUUGAGAAGAUUUUUCGAACGGAAGGACACUGGCCGGUACGGCGCAGCUUCGACACGAUGACGUACUAUCGGCAGAAGAUACGCCCGGAAGUAUUUGGCGAGAUGGGUGGACUAGUGACUUCCCAGGGUGAACUGUGGCAAAAGAUGCGCAGCAUCUCAAACCCCGUACUGAUGCAACCAAAGAUGGUGAAGGUGUAUCUGGCGCAGGUGGAUGAGGUGUCGCGUGAAUUUAUGACGAUCAUGGCUAAUCUGCGUGAUGAUAAGCAGGAGCUACCUGUAGACUUUAACGAAUGGAUUAGCCGAUGGGCACUGGAAACGACCGGUGUGCUGGCGCUAGACUCGAGGCUAGGUGUGAUGCAUACAAAGGAUUCCGUAGAAGGGCAAAGACUGAUGGAUGUUGUGGAUGAAAUCUUUCAACUAACCUACCAACUGGAUGUGUUACCUUCCGUGUGGAGAUACUACAAAACUCCCAGCUUUAAAAGACUAAUGAUAUUGUUUGAUGAGCUGACUGAUAUAAUAAUGCAAAAAAUUGAUGAAGCAAUGGAACGUUUCGAGAAAAAUCCAACAUCUGAGGAUAACCAGAGUGUCCUCAAGAAACUGUUGAUGAUAAACAAACACGUCGCGGUGAUCAUGGCACUAGACAUGAUAUUUGCUGGAAUUGACACGACUUCUUCAGGUUCCGUUGGUAUAUUGUACUGUCUGGCCAAACAUCCCGACAAGCAGGCAAGACUACGCGCAGAGCUUCGGACGAUAAUGCCGUCCAGAGAUACCCCACUGACGGCAAGCAUGAUGAGCAAUUUGCCAUAUCUGCGGGCUUGCAUCAAGGAGGGAAUACGAUUGUUUCCCCCCACGGCGGGUAACUUCCGAGCGACGGGACGCGACAUGGUGCUGCAGGGUUACCGUAUUCCAAAAGAUACGGACAUUGCAAUGGGUACGCUAGUGCUGAUGCGAGAUGAGAAUUACUUUGUGCGCUCGAAGGACUUUCUUCCGGAGCGGUGGCUUACCGAUCGCGAUACCGACAUACCGAGCGCCAAGGAGGUGAAUCCGUUCAUUUUUCUACCAUUUGGGUUUGGUUCGCGCAGCUGCAUAGGGAAGAGGCUGGCCAUGAUGGAGAUGGAGGUAGUGCUGGCACGAUUGGUAAGACAGUUUGAUUUUCGAUGGAAUUACGAAGAUUACAAGGUUCGUACCACGGUCAUAAACUUGCCGGGAAGUCCGCUACGGUUCGAGGUGAGAGAUGUAGAUGCCCAGGCAGCUGUCGACCACGUUGAUCCGGAAUGGGCCACAGCAAAACCGUACAAAGAUAUCCCCUCACCGUCCCUUAUUGAGUUCGUACGAGGAUUCCAAAAAAAUGGGCGUUACGCAAAUCUCGACCUGGUGGAGCUGCAUUCACGCUUGUGGGAAGAUUUUGGUGAUAUUGUUCGGUUCCGGGGAAUGUUUGGCCGGAACGAUGUAAUUAUGACGUACAGCCCUGCCGACAUUGAGAAAGUGUUCCGUACCGAAGGGCAAUGGCCGGUACGCCGUGGGUUCGAUAGCUUCACGUACUAUCGGCAGAAGGUUCGCCCUGAUAUCUUCGGUGAGACCGGAGGUCUAGUCACGGAACACGGUGAAAAAUGGCAAAAUGUGCGCACCAUCGUCAACCCGGUAAUGAUGCAACCGAAAACAAUUAAACUGUACAUCGAUCAGGUGGAUGGCAUUGCACGAGACGUUGCUGAGAUGAGAGAUUCGAAGAAUGAACUUCCGAAAAAUUUCGACCAAUGGCUCAAUCGAUGGGCGCUUGAAACGAUGGGUGUGCUUGCAUUAGACACGAGGCUUGGCGUGCUGGAGUCGGAUCAAUCGCAGGAAGCCAAGAAGAUCAUUGGACUUGUGCGAGAUCUUUUCGAGCUAACUUACGUUUUGGACGUGGAAAUGUCGCUCUGGAAGUACUUCAGUACGCCCUCUUACAGGAAACUGAUGCGAGUGUUUGACGAUCUAACUAAUUUGAUUAUGGCAAAAAUUGAUGAGGCAAAGGAGAGACUUGAAAAGCAGCCUUCAAACUCCGCCAAUCAAAGUGUGCUGGAGAAGCUGUUGAAGAUCAACAAGCACAUCGCUGUCAUCAUGUCGCUAGACAUGCUUAUUGCUGGGAUCGAUACGACAUCUUCCGGAUCGAUCGGUAUACUGUACUGCUUGGCGAAGCACCCGGAAAAGCAGGCAAAGCUGCGAGAAGAGCUCCGUACCAUUCUGCCCAAAAAGGACUCACCAUUGACCGCCGAAAACAUGCAUAAUCUACCGUACUUGAGGGCCUGCAUCAAGGAGGGUCUUCGACUGUAUCAACCGGUUGCAGGAAACAUGCGGGCUGCCGGUCGGGACAUCGUACUGCAGGGUUACCGCAUUCCGAAGGGAACGGAUAUUGCCAUGGGAACGGCAGUACUGCAGCGUAACGAUAAGUACUUCCGUCGAGCGGCCGAAUACCUUCCGGAACGUUGGCUCUCGGAUCGGCCGGGCGAUGUGCCAAGUGCAAAGGACGCGAGCCCGUUUAUCUUCCUUCCGUUUGGCUUUGGUGCGCGCAGCUGUAUUGGCAAACGGCUCGCCAUGAUGGAGAUGGAAAUUAUUACCGCUCGUCUGGUGCGCCAGUUUGAUAUACGCUGGAACUAUGAUAAACUUCGCUUUAAGACGGCCUUGAUCAACAUCCCCUCGAACCCGUUGCAUACGGUUACCACGGCAACGAAAGAUUUUAUCGACCCGGAAUGGGAAUCGGCAAAGCCGUACAAGAGCAUCCCUAGCCCUAAACUGAUGUCAUUUGCGAAAGAAUUUAAGGAGGGAGGUCGCUAUUAUGAUCUCACCGGUGCCGAUUUGUAUAGCCGCUGGCGUGAUGAUUAUGGGGAGUUGAUGCGUAUCAACGGCAUGUUCGGUAGGGCGGACAUAGUUCUGACCUUUCGGCCGGAAGACUUUGAGAAGGUGUUCCGCACCGAAGGUGUUUGGCCGAUACGGCGAAGCUCGGAAACACUUAGCUACUAUCGGAAGAAGGUGCGUCCAGAAGUGUUUGGCGAGCUGAGUGGCCUCAUUACAACGCAAGGCGAAGAGUGGCAAAAAGUGCGUACCAUGGUAAACCCGGUGAUGAUGCAACCCAAAAUCAUCCAGCUGUACGUGAGCCAAGUUGAUGCUAUUGCCAGAGAGUUUAUGAACAUAGUGGCUGCUUUACGGGAUGACAAAAAGGAGUUGCCAUCCGACUUCGAUCAGUGGUUGAAUCGCUGGGCUUUGGAGACAGUGGGAGUUCUUGCGCUGGAUACUAGGCUGGGUGUUCUUAAACCGGAACAUUCCACAGAGGCAAAGGCUAUCAUUACGCUUGUGCGGAAUGUUUUCGAUUUGAUGUACCGUUUGGAGAUGGAGCUUCCGCUUUGGAAGUACUUUAAAACGCCUACCUUUAAGCAGCUAAUGAAGGAGUUUGAUAAUCUAACAAACAUCAUAAUGGCGAAAAUUGAUGAAGCAGUUAAGAAGUUUGAGAACAAUCCCACGUUGGUGGGUAAUCAAAGUGUGUUGGAGAAACUUUUGAUGGUGAACAAACAGGUAGCCAAUGUGAUGGCGUUCGAUAUGCUGAUGGCUGGAAUUGAUACGACAUCCUCCAGCACGAUUGGGCUGCUUUAUUGUCUCGCUAAGAAUCCGGAGAAACAGACCCGCUUGCGCGAAGAGCUUAAGACAAUAUUACCACACAAGGAUUCGGCAGUGUCGCCAGAAAGUAUGCGCAAUCUGCCGUACCUAAGAGCGUGCAUUAAGGAAGGAUUACGACUGUAUCAACCAACGCCAGCGAACGUGCGGAAAGUUGGUCAGAAUAUCGUUCUGCAAGGAUACCGCAUACCGAAACAUACAGAAGUAGUGAUGGCUUCAUUAGUGCUGCAACGUGAUGCCGCACACUUUCCGCAACCGGAUGCAUUCCUACCGGAACGAUGGCUCCAGGACGGUACCGAAUCAGACGCACCGAAUGCUAAGGAUGCCCAUCCGUUCAUCUUUCUGCCGUUUGGUUUCGGUGCACGAAGCUGCAUCGGUAGACGGCUUGCCAUGAUGGAGAUGGAGAUCGUUACUGCUCGCUUUGUGCGAAGCUAUGAAAUUGGAUGGAACUAUGGCAAAUUGAAAAUGAAAAUGGGACUGAUCAACACACCGUCCGUUCCGCUUCACUUCGAGUUGAAGGAUGUGACUGAGUGA